GUGAGAAUACAGGAGAUGGUGAAUUAGAUCUGAGCGGGAUCGAUGACAAUGAAAUAGAUCGGUAUAUACUUAACGAAACAGAAGCUCAGAUAAAAGCAGAGCUGUGGAUGAAAGAAAAUGCAGAUUAUUUGAAGGAACAAAAAGAAAAGGAAGCAAGAAUAGCAAAAGAGAAAGAACUUGGGAUUUAUAAGGAACACAAGCCAAAGAAAUCGUCAAAGAAGCGGGAGCCAAUUCAAGCCAGCACAGCAGGAGAGGCAAUUGAAAAGAUGUUAGAACAGAAGAAAAUCUCAAGUAAAAUUAAUUAUAAUGUGCUAAGGGACCUGAACAGCAAAGGAAGUAACACACCAAAGAAAGAGGAUGACAGCACUGAUGACAGCACCAACACCAAGAAGCUGUCAAGAAGAAAAUCUAUUGCCAGUAGGAAUAUAGCCAACCCUGUAAACAGUGUGGGAAAAAG